AGGAAGGGUCGAGGGUUGCGUUUGCUUGCUUUGCUUUUGCUCAGACGAGACGGCGGCGCAGCCUGGGGCGCGAUAGGCUUGCCGGCAGCCCCGUGGUUCUGAUUUUCCACUUCGGUCUUGGCGAACGCUCCUCGUUUUCCUGUAGUCACUGCACUCGGGUUAGAUGUAAUGGCCUCAAGGCUGGCUGAGUAGCUGGCUGCCAGCUUGGCGCCCUACUUCCAUGUCUCAUCUGAAGAAUGUGGAGUCCAGGAUCCUCCAGUGUCUCCAGAACAAGUUUCUGGCCCGAUAUGUGUCCCUCCCAAACCAGAACAAGAUCUGGACGGUGACCAUGAGCCCCGAGCUAAGGGACCGUACCCCCCUGGUGAUGGUGCAUGGCUUCGGGGGUGGCGUGGGCCUCUGGAUCCUCAACAUGGAUUCACUGAGCGCCCGCCGCACACUGCACACCUUCGAUCUGCUUGGCUUUGGGCGCAGCUCAAGGCCAACAUUCCCGAGGGACCCAGAGGGGGCUGAGGAUGAGUUUGUGACCUCAAUAGAGACAUGGCGUGAGACCAUGGGCAUCCCAAGUAUGAUCCUCCUGGGGCACAGUUUGGGAGGAUUCCUGGCAACUUCUUACUCCAUCAAGUACCCUGAAAGAGUUAAGCACCUCAUCCUGGUGGACCCGUGGGGCUUCCCCCUCCGACCCACUGACCCCAGUGAGAUCCGUGCACCCCCAACCUGGGUCAAGGCUGUGGCCUCUGUAUUAGGGCGUUCCAAUCCACUGGCUGUUCUUCGAGUAGCUGGACCCUGGGGGCCUGGCCUGGUGCAGCGAUUCCGGCCAGACUUCAAGCGCAAGUUUGCAGACUUCUUUGAAGAUGAUACUAUAUCGGAAUAUAUCUACCACUGCAAUGCUCAGAAUCCCAGUGGAGAGACGGCAUUCAAAGCCAUGAUGGAGUCCUUCGGUUGGGCCCGGCGCCCCAUGUUGGAACGAAUUCACUUGAUUCGAAAAGAUGUGCCCAUCACCAUGAUCUACGGGGCCAACACCUGGAUAGAUACAAGCACGGGGAAAAAAGUGAAGAUGCAGCGGCCAGAUUCCUAUGUCCGAGACAUGGAGAUCGAGGGUGCAUCGCACCACGUCUAUGCAGACCAGCCGCACAUCUUCAAUGCUGUGGUGGAAGAGAUAUGCGACUCAGUUGAUUGAGCUGCUCUCUCCAGCGGAAGAGGAGAAAGCCAGAGAGUUGCUCUCACCUUCCUGUCUGCUUACUCACCCCUCUGUCCUUUCCUCACCAACUAACAUGUGCCAGCCAGGCAGCGUCUCGGGCCAUCCCCAGGGCAGGACCACAGUGAAAAAGAAUAUUCCUGAGCCCAUGCUAAGGGACAGAGGCAGAAGCCACAAGAAGCCUUGAGCUCCCCACCCUGGGGAAGAACAUAAAGGGUUGCGUAAUGCCACCACAUUCUCUCCAUGCCAAGUGUCCCCAGAUGGUGAUUGUGAAGGGAUUGCACUGAGCCACAUUCCCUCCCUAUGCCAGUGGGAGGGCCUUUUCCCUUGUACAGAGGAGAGACCCCCAUCAGCCUUUCCCAGCUCUGGAAAGUGUGUGGGGGUAGGUUCCUUGCAAGAACAUCUUCCUUCUCCAUCACCCUCUAGCCCUCAUCCCAUCCCAUCCCAGUUCCAUCCAGUGAACUAUAAAGAGCAAGCCUGGAGCUGCCUUGACCUGCAGAACCCCUUCCAUGGCCUGAGAGGUUAUAUCCAAGGCCCUCAUUGACUGUUGAGGAACAGGUCAGGGCAGGACAUGGCUGGCCCAUGGUGACACAGCUCUGUUCCCGGAGAGUUAAGGCUAAACCAGGUCUGCCAACACCCAGUGCUAGUUGCAGACCCCACUGGCUAAGGCAGGCACCAUUGCCAUGGGGCUGGUCCUGGUCACUGGCUGAGGAUAAGCCCCCUGCCCCACAUUCCAGUCCCUCUAGGCAGGGGUGCUUUUGUUCUGCCCUGUGUCUCAUCCCUAGCUGCCUAAGCUGGGGAUACCCAAGUGCUUCUGUCCUGCCCCAUCUCAUUCCCCACUGGGAGCCCUCUGGGCUUCCCUCUGUGCCUUGGGCCCCAAGCCCCACCUGUAGUAUAGAGCAGAGGUGGCCCCUGGUGGAGAGAGAAGGAAAAGGCCUUCAACCACAGGACUGUGUUUGGAUUCCCUGAGCUCACUAGUCUCCACAGGGUUUUUCCACCUGCCCCCAGAGCUGAGGCCUAUGGUGAGCACCUGUCCGUGGUCCUGUGGGGAGCCUCAAAUCAGCAGUUCCCUGUCUUCAUCAACCACAGGAUGGCUCUCACUGCCUGGCCCUCCAGCACCUUGUCCCCAUGGUCUCCAGCUCAUCCCACCCCUGGGCCACCUGUCGGCCUCUUAGGCCGGUUCCAGGGGCUGCUCCGAGGUCUGGAUGGCAGGCUGGGCCUGACCCCAGGACUAGGCAGCUCCUGUCUGCUCCUCCACUUUUGUAAGCCAACCCUUCCACCAGAAUAGUAUUAACUCCUGGUGCUUUGUACUACUGGUCCAGCUGCCUUGGGCUCCUUUUCUAUAUUAAUAAAGAAAUGAGUAAAAACUGCGGGUGGUGAUAAUGUUCAAUAUUUCUCCAACAAGUGCUGGGAGUGGUGCCGAAUUCACAGCAGCCCCUGUGAUGUCUGACUUAGCCAAAGGGGAUCUGAGAGCCACCAUUCCCAUAACACUCCCUCUCUCAUUGAGCACAGCGUUCACCCUCUAGACCAAGCCCAGACUCCAGAUCAGCAGCACAGGCCUGCCCAGCCAACCCCUCAGGAUGAAUGAGAAGUGUACACAGCCAUGCCCCUGCAGUAAGAAUAAUUAAGUGGAACUGGGCACUCCCUACUAUCCAUCAUUCCAAUUUUAGUAUAUGUGCUGCCGAAGCGAGCAUCCUAGUGUCCAUCAACUGUUGUCCCAAAUGCACUACAAGUGGGCCUGCACACAGCAUUUCCUAUAGCCAGUUUUCCUAACUCAGACUCCCCCUCUGGCUCACAAAUAUUUCUUAUUCAGGGAAACCUGCCACAGAUCCCCAGACUAGCCUUGUAUCCCUUCUUCUGUGCUUCCAUGGCACACUCAACUGCCCCUUUCAUAAAACAUAAAUUUACAGUCACUUGUUUAAUAUCUGUCUCCUCCUCAAACCAUAAUUAUGUAAGGGCAAGUGGCAUGUCCGAGAGCUACUUCAUGUUUAAUAAAAUUUUGUUUUAAUUGAGCCAAGAGAAGUGUGAAAUGCAAAGUGCUCAAGAAGCAUGUCAUUACCAGCAGUGCCUGUUUGCUGGCUGACUCCAGCUAGGCCUAGAAUUCCAGAGCUCUAAAUGACACAUACUACUACUUAUGAAUCAAUCAAUGAAACUAUGAAACUCCUGGGUAUAAUUACAAAUCUCUCUGCUUAUGCUAGCCUGAUUGCCAUACAGAGGAGAGGACAGGUACUUCGAGCUUACCUGCCAAGUGUUGGAGCUACAAAAGUGAAGAGACAUGGCCCUGCCUUGCUGGGAAGUUGCACUCUACAUGGAGAGACAUGCUUAAUCAAAUUAUAUAAAUUUGCACCAGAAAAGGGCUGUCCCAAGAGGCUGGAAGUCUCCCUUAGAAGUGAAGACCACUGAGCCUGAAGGAAGGACAGGUUGGGGAGACAGCAGGAAUGUCUAUGGGAAGAACACCAAGAAUGAGCCCUGUUGAGUGGAAAGAGCACAAGGGACUAUGGUGACGGUGCACGGGUGAAUUGGUGGUGGAAAUUUCACCGGGACUACACCUGAGAGGAUAAAGCAUACAUUGUACAAAAAUGAAGAAUGAGGCAAAAAGUAUAUAAAAUAAAAAAUAAAAUCAUUAAUACUCCUAAAAAAAAGAAUGGAAAAAAAAAAAAAAAGAAUGAGCCCUGUUAGCAGAAUUGGUGGCCGUGAGAUGAGGCUGUGGAGGCUG